AUGGACACAUUCAGACGGGUGGCGGCCGCGAAGACGGGCACCGAAAUGAAUGGCAAACAGUUGACAGCGUCCGCCACGAAAACGCUGAACGGCUGGGAAAUGCGCGAAGAGUUGCCUCAAAUACUGUACUCUUCGCGCACUCAUCUCCAGCUGUCGCAGGCGUGCAAAGAGCUGAAGAGGUCGACGUACCGCACGUUUCGGGCGGUGGUGAUCGGCUCCAGGGAUCAGCUGUGCAUCAAUCCGGAAGUGACCAAAUUGGACACCAUAUCGGCCAAGAAUCAGACGUGUCGUUUCAAAGCCAAUCACAAUCAGUGCCAAUACUAUCGCCAGUACGAGACCAAAGUGGAGAAGAGUGUGGAGUACGGCACGGGUGUGGUGUUCGACAUCGAGGACCUCUUACAACUGGGCAGAGCCAACACGUGCUGUCCAUACUAUGCCGCGCGACACAUCCAGAAGUCGGCGUCACUGGUAUUCAUGCCCUAUAACUACAUACUGGACCCACAGGUCAGACGGGCCAACAAACUGGAGCUCAGGAACCGUGUGGUGGUCUUCGACGAGGGCCACAACAUUGAGCGCAUGUGCGAAGAGUCGGUGUCCACACAACUGCGGUCCGACUCGUUCGCCGUCUGCAUCAAAGUGAUGGGCAAUCUGUUGGAAAAGCUGCGCGAUAUGGAUGCCGGCCAUUACGACGGCGCCGACGCCAAAGAGUUGGCCGCUCUGGACGUCCCGCUGUUGGCCAAACUGCAUAUGUUUAUCUGCGACCUCGAAAUGUCCAUCGAUUCGAUGAUUAAGUCGAAACCCACGCCGAAGAACACUCACCAGACGGCCGAGAUUUUUCGCAUCAUCGAUAGGGCCGGUCUGGAGGUGACGACAAUGCCUAAGCUUAUGGGCACUCUCGAGGAGAUAAUGCAGAUCAUCGCCGGCUCUCCCGAAGUGAAUUCGCCGCAAGGGAUGGCCUUCGCGGCCGCAUUCACUUCGAUGAAGGACUUCUUGGAGAAACUGAUUCCGAUCGGCAACACUACUCUUGAGGCGUACGACAGCCAUAAAUUGGAUUUCAUUAAGAAGUUUAAGAUAUUUAGCGAAAAGGGUGUCGACACCGACGACGACAAGACCAGCUUCUGGAACAAAAAGAGUUCGCCCGACGCCUGGAUUCUUCACGUCUGGUGUUUGAGUCCGAGUGUCGGCGCCAAAGCACUGGCGGCCGAAGGCAUUCACAGUAUGAUAAUCACGAGCGGAACUCUGGCACCGAUCCACUCGUUUGAGGCCGAAAUGGAUAUGAAAUUUCCGGUUAAACUGCAAAACAAUCACAUCAUUGGCGCGAAUCAGUUGGCGAUUAUAAACAUCUCGCAGUCCAGAGACAAAGUGGUGCUGACCUCGAAGUACGACAACAGAGAUAACAUGGAUUACUAUAGAGCUCUCGGACAGACACUCAUCGAUAUAUUGAAAACAAUACCGAAAGGAGUUCUGGUGUUCUUCAGCUCCUAUACGGCGCUCAAUAAAUGCACACAAAUCUGGAAACAAUACCGAAAUGACAACAUUUGGGAUAAACUAAAUGCUGUGAAACAGUUGUUUCUGGAGCCGAGGGCUAAACACGCGUUCAACGAAUGCUUUUUGAAAUACAAACAAAAAGUGGACGAAACGCAGUCCAACGGCGCCGUCUUUUUUGGCGUAUUUCGCGGCAAAUUGUCAGAAGGUAUUGAUUUGCCCGACGAUUACUGUCGCGGCGUAAUCAUGACUGGACUCCCAUUCCCGGCGGUUAUGGAUCCCAGAGUUAUACUGAAGAAGGAAUACCUAAACGAAGCGAAGAUACCGUUGACGGCCGACGGCUGGUAUGCGUUGCAAAUGAAACGGGCGUUGAAUCAGGCGAUCGGUCGAGUGGUCCGACAUAAGGACGACUACGGAGUGAUUAUUCUACUCGACUCGCGGUUCGCCUCACUAUCGGACGGUCUGUCCAAAUGGGUUGUGAAGUAUAUCUAUAGAGCAAAUGUCAACAAUUUAGACGUGAAUCUAACGAAACUUAAAUCGUUUUUUACGAACCGAAUCAACUCUCAUGUCGUUCAGACCACACCCGCCGAGACGGUCGCCGCCAAAGCAUUUAACUCUCAGUUUAAGCCGUUUUCGCAGCAGAAAAAAGUGGCCAAAAGUAGUCCUAAAAUGAAUUCAGCGAUCAAUCGGUUCACACAAAAGAAUACCAUUUUGGACGCAUUCAAAGGCGCGUCCAGUCCUUCGGUCUCCACUUUUAAUCCAACGAAACCGAAGAGUAUAUUCGACUCCAUGUCUAUAAUUAUGAACAAAACAAUAAAUGGUGCGCCAAAACCAGUGGCUAAUAGUAGUUCCAACGGAUCCACGACUACUAUCAUUGAAGAGAUUACUUUAGACGAGGAAAGUCCCCGCAAAAAGAGGCUCAAAUUCAAUGUCGCCCUCAAAUCGAUCGCUGACCCGACUUUAGAAGACAAUUGUUCACCGAAACCAGUGUCCAGACAACUGUCCAAUGAAUCCAAUAGUUUGGCUAAGAAGACCUCAUUGAAUGGAAACACCACUUCUGUUGUGGAUUUAGAGCCAAUCCGUGUCGAUCCCGAUGAAGACGCCGAAGAGAUCAUUUGCAUCUCGAGUAGCAGUAGUAGUAGUUGUGUCGCUAAUAGUGUUAUUACUGCCAGUAAAACAUCGACCAUCUCUUCCCGCGACGACAAUGAGAUCAAGUGUUUGUCGGACACCAGUAAUAGUACUGCGAAUAUUAAGACUCAAUCGUCGGCCAGUGUUCAAGACUUUUGGCGCAAAAACGGAGCGGAGUUUAAGCGACUGUUUGUCGGAACCAAAAACUUUGAGGACUUAUGUCAAGCCAUUCGCUUGUAUAAGACAUACAAGAAAUUAAGCGAUUUGUGCGAUAGUUUUAACAAAGUUUUUAAUUUUGUUGAGAAAUCCAAACGUGAUAAAUAUAUUCAAGAUUUGUCAAUAAUUGUACCCAAAAGUGAUCGACAAUUGUUUUUAAGUAAAUGUUGUAUUAAUUCAGAAAAUGAGUUUAAAAUGUUUAAACGUACAGAGAAU